AUGAACAACAUGUUCCGCCCUCACCUCCGCCGCUUUAUAAUUGUCUUCUUCGACGACAUAUUAGUUUACAGUUCCACUUUACAGGAUCAUGUCCUUCAUCUGGAAAUUGCCUCCAAACUCCUACUCUCCACCUCCUUUCGUUUGAAAGGAAGCAAAUGCUCUAUUGGUGCCAAGCCCAUCCAAUGCUUGGGCCACGUAGUUUCGAAUGAGGGAGUCCAACCUGAUCCGGAGAAGCUAGAAUCAGUACAGGCUUGGCCAACCCCCACCUUCCUCAAAUCACUACGCGGUUUCCUCGGUCUCACAGGGUUUUAUAGACGCUUUGUUGCCCGAUAUGCGUCAAUUGCACAGCCCCUCACGGACCUCCUCAAGAAGGACAAUUUCCACUGGUCUGAUAGCGCACAACAGGCCUUUGACAGGCUUUAG